CCCUCUUGCGCAAAUAAUCAUUGGCAUCAUUCUGAGAUUUCCCCCAAGUCCCCAAGGUCUUUGCAAACAAUUGAUAUUGGUUUCUUAAAAUAUCAUAAGGAGUAAUUACGCAGGUACCAUUUAGAACGUGGUAAUUAAGCAAGUACCUACCUAGUCUCAGUUUUGGCGUACAUAUGGAUGUAAAUUUAACUCGCCCAGACCUCACAAGCCGACAAGCCUCCCCCUGGCCCUGGAAUCCUGAACUGUGCCCCAAUAGGACGGCUGUCGCAAAAAGCAUCCUGAGCUACUGCUAGUGACUACCACCGUAACCUCCAACGCCAGCUUCACUACUACUACACGUAGUGAAAAUACCGAGAGGAACAUUGACAUUUUCCUCGAUUCUCCAUCUCCCACUCUCCAGCGCUACAAGUACAUGUAUCCUCACUUCUUGGGCCGCUGCUCGUCGUUGAGCCACGACAUUACUCUAUUCUCCAGCAACGUCCGCUGAGACGCUACGCUCGUGUGGUCCGCCAAAAUGUCCGAAUUUAUCACCAACGUGGCCCUCCAGCUUCUCAGUAUGCGCCCAGCUCAACUUGCGCGAAUCCUACUACCAUUAGCAGAUGCUAACAUUUUCAUCUUACAGAACGAGAGGAUGACGAAACAGAAGGCGAGGGUACGAUAGCUGCACGGAUCCGUUGGAAGGACACAAGGCUGAUGCGCGCAUAGGUCCCGAUACCUCCCAGAGAGAGAUCUUCUCAUCAUGGGCCCUCUUCAUCAUGAUAAUGCUGCUCAUAACAGCGCUUUUCACCAGUUACAUGCUUCAGCAGAAGAAGGUAGAAGCAGUACACGAAACAGUCAUAUCCAUUUUUGCUGGUACAACAUGCGCGUCAUUUUCGAGAACUCUAAUUAACGUCAUAUAGGAAUGACGGUUGGCCUGAUCCUUCGAGUUAGCAAUGGGGACUCGAUUCAAAAUCUGGUCAGCUUCGACUACCAGAUAUUCUUCAAUCUAUUGCUUCCUCCCAUUAUUCUAGCAUCCGGUUACGAACUGCAUCAAGCCAAUUUCUUUCGAAACAUCGGGACGAUUCUGACGUUCGCUUUCGCCGGUACAUUCAUAUCUGCCAUUGUGUUGGGAAUAAUCCUCUGGCUGUACACUCGAAUUCCCAUUGAUGGUUUUGAUAUGACAUUCGUCGAUGCCAUCUCGGUAGGAGCCACUCUUUCAGCCACCGAUCCAGUCACUAUUCUCGCUAUUUUCAAUACCUACAAGGUUGAUCCAAAGUUAUAUACUGUGAUUUUUGGCGAAUCAAUCCUAAACGAUGCAGUCGCUAUUGUCCUGUUCGAAACUGCGCAACGGUAUAAAGAAGGGGGAGCCGCAGGUACUCUAGGAUUCGUCAGUCUUCUAGAAGGUAUCGGCAUUUUCUUGGCUGUGUUCUUCGGUAGUCUGUUGAUUGGUGUUGCGGUGGGUAUUGGAACAGCUUUGGUGUUGAAAUACACCUACGUUAGGCGAUUCCCGAAAAUUGAGAGUUGUUUGAUCGUUUUGAUUGCGUAUGCCAGUUACUUUUUUUCAAAUGGCUUGCAUAUGUCCGGUACGUUGGCAGUUUUUCAAGAUUGAUGAAGAUAAACCAUACUAAUUAUGUAGGAAUCGUCACACUUUUGUUCUGUGGAAUCACUUUGAAACAUUACGCUUACUACAACAUGUCGCGACGAACUCAACUUACCACGAAAUACCUUUUCCAGGUAUUGGCGCAAUUAUCCGAAAAUUUCAUUUUCAUUUACCUAGGGCUUUCUCUCUUUACCGAAUCUAAACUCGAGUUCAAACCUCUGUUCAUUAUUAUCACUGUCGUCGGAAUUUGCGUUGCUCGGUAUGCAGCUGUAUUUCCGCUUUCAAGGGCUAUCAAUUGGUUCAUCAGAUAUCGAGCGAGGCGCAAGGGUAAGGGAGAUGUUCCAGAUGAGCUACCUUACAGUUACCAAGCCAUGUUGUUUUGGGCUGGAUUACGUGGAGCUGUUGGUGUGGCUCUAGCAGCAGGAAUGACCGGGCCAAAUUCAUGGGCCUUGAAAGCAACUGUUUUGGUUGUUGUGGUGUUGACAGUGAUUAUUUUCGGGGGAACUACCGCUCGAAUGCUGGAGAUUAUGGGAAUUAAAACGGGUGUGGUUGAAGAGAUUGACAGUGAUGACGAAUUCGAUAUCGAAUCACAUCCAGGAGGUUCUUACUACAAGAACUCUGGAACGGGUAUCGGCCACGCUCCAAAACGUGGGUCAGUCGCUCUACAAGGCAUGAAUGGCCAUGGAAAUAGGGGGGAUAGGGGAAGUUAUGUCAGUGGAAAUCUAAGUCCAUCCGGAAGAACAGGAAGCGUAAGCCGAAAGCCCUCACAGAAUCGAAGAAACGAGCAUGAGAGUGAGCAAGAACUCCUCCGAGCGAACAUUACGGAUGAUUCCGAUGCCGAAAGCGAUACUUCUGAUCUCCCACCCGCGGUCAAGAGGUCACCCAGACCCAAACCAGAGGAGAAUACUACUCCUUACCCUACUUCCGGAAGUGCAUCACAUAAUGACGGUCCACAUAUUUCUGCGUCUGGCGCUAUAUCGUCGCUUUUGCAUGGCACGGCUGAAGAUCAUGCGGCGUGGUUUAAACAGUUGGAUGAGGGUUUUAUUAAGCCUAAAUUACUUCUGGAUGGGGGCAAGGGACCGCAUGGGGGGAAUGGGGGACCUAGUGGGAGUUCAUGA